CUCGUCUGUUGUCCUCCGUCCCCAUCUCGCAUCGCCGGCAAGCAUGAGAGGCGUCGACGCCGCCAAGCGGCUGGUGGCCGAGCUGGAGAAGCGAACUCUCAUCGUCAACAGACUGAUCACUGCCAGCGGCGGACAGCUGACGGUCACUGAGCCGCUGGAUGGCGAGAUCGAGGUCAACGUGGGCGGGACGGUGCUGUGUGUGCCUCGCAAGCCGCUGCUGCUGCCCGGCGUGAGCGACUCGUUCAUCGCCUAUCUGCUGCUGCACCAUCUGGAUGGGCUGCCCAAGGACACAGAGGGCCGGCCAUUCCUGGAUGCUGACCCGAUCUAUAUCGACUGGUGAGCCAGUCGACACACACAGAGGGGAGGGAGAGCGGGAGGGAGGGAGGGAGGGCAGACGAACUCAGAUACACAAUGCAUGCUGUCCUUCUGUUGUGUGUUUCUUGUGUCAGGCUGUUCAAUGAGAUUGCCAACGUCGGUGCUGCGGAUGCGCAGGCCGAGACUCACGAGAUCAAGCUGACAGGUGACCACAGCACCGACGUGUCAUUCCUUUUCUGGCAUGAGCUCCUCUUCAACAACAAGACACAGCUGAACACCAAUGGCCAAGAUGGCCAACAGACAGCCACUCCCGACCCGCACGACACCAACACCCUUCUAGCCGCUCUCAGCCACAGCUCCGCGAACCUCACGAAAGCCUUCAAACAGGUGAUGGACGAGCACCAGCAGCUGCUCAAGUUCCACCGAGUGAUGGGGCCGUUCCUCAAGUCGGCUGAUGGCCAAGGCGAUGAAAUCAAGAGCGUGCGUGUGAUGGGCAGGACGGUGUCGACCACCGAGGCCACACUGGCAUUCAUCGGCACCGACAAGCGACUCUACACCACUUUUGACAAGUGACAGAACGACGAGAUGGGAUACACGUAGAGGGGCAUUCAUCUCAUUGGCCGCUUCUUGUGUGUUGCAGCAUCGAGGCGAUCUCGUGCAUCUCGCCCGCCCACUUCAUGAAGGUCGUCGACUUCGCUCGCCGACAACGUGUCGCAUCCGUCGGCGGCAUCGUCAAGCCGCCCACCGCCCCGAAUCAGCGACAGCUCACCACCGACUGCGGCAUGUACGGCCUCACCAUGGCCGACUUCCACAAGCCCUUGCUGUGGGCCGACGAGCUGCAGUGGAUCAUCGACAACAUAGGCAAGGGCAACGUCACAACCACACUGCUCUUCAAGUGAGUGGCAAAAGGAGGCGUGUGGGUGCGGGAGGGGCUGCAUCGUGUGUGUAUGUCGAUUAGGUCGAGUCGCGACACGUUUGCGUAUGCCUCCUUCCUCAACAAGGUGGCGUACAAGAGCGGCCUGCUGUUCGCCAUCCGAGACGGCGACACACACCGAUUCGGGGCUUUUAUUGACGGCGAGCUGACACCGCCAGACGAUCCCAGACAGACGAGCGGCAGGUACAAGGUGCCCCUCUUCCUCUACUCGCUCUCGGGCGCGUUUGAUGCGCUCACCAAGAUCGAGAUACCGGGGGAGGGUCAGGUGGUGGACGUGGCCGUCACACAGGGGGUUGUACCGAACUUGGAGGGGUGGCCGGCUGGGAGAGUGCGCAUCGGUCGCUAUUCUGGAGUACUCUGGCUGGGCACUUCCCAGCCUGGUCCUGUGCCCGACCUCAGCAGCUGCCAGCAGUGGAUCAAGGAGGGGGAGCUUCCGGACGGAUACAAUGGGGAGAUCAAUACGCGCGGCAACGGAACACUGGCGCAGUCGCACAACUUCACGUGCGAUGAGAUGGAGGUGUAUCACGUGGAGGUAGCCCAGUGAGAUGGAAGGGCAACGGGCACAGCUGCACGUGUGCGGAUGCGUGUUGUCUGUGUCUUUUGCAGGUCAACGGCGCAUGAUCCGACUGUCCAUUGCACUCUGUGUCAAGCAAAUGGGAGGCCGGCUGUUUGUUUCAACCAAGGCAUGUUUUCCGACUUUCUUUAUUCUGUCCGUGUGCGUGCAAUUUGUGUGCGUGUAUGUGUUUGUGGUUUCUCUUUUCGAUGCAUGUUGAGUCCUGGCUUCAUAUAUGCAACGCGGCUUGUAGCCCAUCUGUCGCCACGACAGACAAGGAGGAGAGAGAGCUCUGAUGCACACCACACAGCAAGCGCCGGAUGGCCGUGGAUGUGGUGAUGUGCGUGUGGCUGACAUGCAUGUCUGACACGUGUGCGUGUGUCGCGUUGCGUGCCUUUGCACGUGUGUCGGCCUGAUUGCUGUUUCACGUUUCAUGUGCACCGGACGCAUCGACACAGAAAUGAUGGGAUGCUGUCACUUUUUCUCCAGCCUUUGCUGCCUUGUAUGAUGCGGCGGGGAUCGAUCCCUCCUCCCCUUGAGCCUGUUUGACUCUGCCUGCCUGCUCAUGGGACUGUACAUAUUUGUAUGAGUGCUACGGUUGAUGCAAUUGAGUUGUCAUGCUACGCGGGUUUUCUCGCUGACACUGUUGUGAAGUGCAUGCAGAGCGGUGCAA